AUGGCCCUCCAGGAGCUCACUUACCAGGAUGUUGCUGAGCACAACACCAAGAAGGACCUCUAUGUUGUGAUCCACGACAAGAUCUACGACAUCACCAAGUUCGUUGAUGAGCACCCUGGUGGCGAGGAGGUCCUUCUCGAUGUUGCCGGUCAGGAUUCCACCGAGGCUUUCGAGGAUGUUGGUCACAGUGACGAGGCCCGCGAGGCUCUUGAGCCCCUUCUUGUCGGCACCCUGAAGCGCAACCCCGGCGACCCCAAGCCCAAGACUCCCCUCCCCGGUGCCGUCUCUCCUGCCGCCAACAACUCCAGCGCCGGUCUCGGCGUCGGUCUCUACGCCGUCGUCCUUCUCGGCGGUCUCGUUGCUUUCGGUGCCUACCAGUACCUCCAGCAACAACAGAACCAGCAGGCUUAAGCAACUACGGCCACGGAAAAAAAUGGUUCAACACUGGGGGCGUUCUUUUUUUUUUUUUUUGCUGGGUUUGACAUGACAAGACAUGAGACGGGAAAAGAAUGGGGAGGUACAGGCAAGGAGUUUCAGGGUCAGGGUCUGGGAUCCUUCCUUUGUGCCAUUUGGGAGCGGGUGGGAUGAGGGUCCACACCGCUUUCCAGCCGCUGCCCAACACACAAGAGGUCGAGAUGCGAUCCACAUCCUGAAAGGGUGAUGGUGGUGGUGGUGAGGGGGGGGAGGAGCGUGGCAUUGCAUAUCUUUGCAAUAACACUCUGCUUUUUUCCCAGACCGGGAUUCGAUUCAACACGUACACAGGACACAAAACGAAAUGUGAAUGCGUUGGCGGGUUUCGUGGACGAUGAAUGAUAUACCGGGGUGUGUGAUGUGUUAUUAUCUUUUCUAUAUUGCAAGCGAGAGGGGGGCAACAGGCAGGCAAGCAAGCUAUCUCUUUGGUGGUCUGGAGGCAUUGCAAUGCUGGCUGGAAUUGGGCACAUAGUUUAAUAGACUUAUAAUUUUGAAUGUUUUGUUUCGUCUGAUGUGUUGAGGCGUUGUUGGUUGAAACCCGUAUAUCGAAGCUGGGUUCGAUAAGCGACGGUGGAAUUCCACUCUGAAGUUUGACACAUCUUGGC